AAUAUGACGUUCACCCACAUCUAUUAGAACAACACAUUGGGUCAAGUCAAGCCUGAAACCUGUCACGAUUUAUGUAAAAGUAAACAUUAACGACGCUGAAUUCAGCGUCUUUAGUAAACAUAACAACCGAUAGCUAGAAUUGCCGAUUACUUUUGACCAUGAGAGUACAAUUCUAAUUCCAGUCAUGUCACAACCAAUCGCCUCUAUUCAGAGCACCGUUUACGUAUCCAAUCUACCCUUCGAUCUAACCAACAUCGAUGUCCGGAAAAUAUUUGAAAGGCAUGGACAAAUAGCAAGGGUUACCAUCCUUCGUGAUAGAAGCACCCGUAAGAGCAAGGGAGUUGCCUUUAUUCUCUUCACGAAUCCAAAGGAAGCGGAUCAGUGCUGCACUGCGAUGUUUGGUCGUAAACUGAAAGCCAGCAUCGCCAAGGACAACGGCAAAGGGCAGGAAUUCGCCAAGAGGCGAGAGUAUCCAGACAAAAGUCGUUGUUACGAAUGCGGCGAGCCGGGUCACACGAGCUAUCAGUGUCCUAGAAAUGUGCUUGGCGAUAAAUCUCCACCCAGGAGGAAAGGUAAAAAGAGACCGGUGUCGAAUAGAAAAUUUAUGGCGGAAGGUAAACACAGCGCAACGGGCUGGAACAGCGAUGAUGAUAAUGAUCGAUUACAACGGAUAGCUACCGGACGGGAACAAAGCUCGGCGGGAGAAACAAAACGGAUAAAGUACAAGAAGCAUGCCUACUUAAGUGAUGACGAAGAGGUGGAGGAAUUUUGAAAAAAGCGAUGCAGUUCGAAGGGAAACGACAGAGUACUCUAAAAUGUGGUCAGUAUUAGCUGGACCAGGGUGAAAAUUGAGCACGGCCGCGAUGGUUGAGUUAUUCCAAUUCGAGUGUAAAUUGAUCAAAGUCUAAUUGAUUGGGUCGAUUACAUAUUUCUUGAGCGUUUUUUCAAAACGUCAUAUCUGCAAUGAGUUACUCUGUUUACUUUCUCUUUCGAUUUUUACGGCGUCACUAUAACACUUUUCACUUAUUUUACAGUACAGAUCGAAAGACGGUGGUUUAAACUAGCAUAUUAUGCAAAGAGUUGAGGGAUUAAUGUUAAAAUGGCCGAAUUAUUACCAGGAGAGAAAGUAAAUAGAGAGUAAUUCAUUGCAGAUAUGACGUUUUGAAAAAACGCUCAAGAUUUAGGUAGUUUUCUCAUGGCGAUUUCGCUUGAACCUGAAACUGAGUCAGGUUCUAACCCCAACUGCUGUCAGUUCAUACAUUUUGACAGCAGUUGGGGUUAGGAACUGACUCAGUUUCGCCUCAAACGAAAACCACAUCAGAAACUGGCGCGUCCAACUUAAGGCAAAAGAUAGCUUCUUGUAUGAGGUUUCAAUUCGAAACAGUUGAAGAUGCAUUUGAGAAAUCCGCCUAUUUUUUUGUCGAUUUUUAUCUUCGAACAAGUCACUUGUACUUCGGAGAAUUCACGAUCAAAUCUUGAACAUUAAACACAAACAGUAUUUUUGUUUUUGUAGCUAGCGUCAAUUCGGCGCUAGCUUGU